AUGCCUUUCCCUUCAGAGCCGCUUACUCUACGCGGCGGUUGCAACUGCACUGCUGUGCGUUGGCGCAUGUCACUUCCUGACGCCAGCAGACGGGUGGCUAACCCAUAUCAUACUCCGGGAACGAGUAUAGGGGACUUGCGGCUUCCCACGGCGGUUGUCUGUCAUUGUGAUGGCUGUCGGCGAGCUACGGGUUCUCUCGGCGCUUAUGGGUUCGCCUCGGACAUGGCACUACUCGAACUGUCAAUCCUUCCACGGGGCACGAUACCUGAUCAGCGCGAAGACCAGGAUGACGACGGACGACCGUCGUAUGCCCCUGCCGAAAAUUUGAUGGAUGGUGACACUAAAGAACUCGAUACUCUAUGGCUGACGCACUAUGAGUCCUCUCCGGAUCGGCACCGGUGGUUCUGUGGACGCUGCGGAACACAGAUCGCUAUUGCAGCAUCGAAGGAUGCCAUUCCUCCCGAGUUAGGGUGGCCUAGAGUGGUGAACAUUUGGGCUGGUACAACAGACCGCAACCUGCUGGAGAACGACUGGUGCCGUCCCGACCAUAUCAAUAAUUGCUCUGUCGCUAUCCCCUGGGUUAGGGAUCAUGUCAGAAACGGUGCAAAGGGUUCUGAAGAGCACCCUUCCUUCAUGAUUGAUUGGCACAUGACUGAUGACAUUCGGCCUCAUAUCGAGAUGUUGAACGCAAUGGGAAUGAAUUUGAAUGUUACCAUGUGGAAAUGA